GCCCGGGCGGACCCCGCGCCGCCGGUGGCGCCCGGCCGUGCCUCCUUCGUCCGCUCCCCGCGGAGCCCGAGCCGCCGCGGGGCCGCGCCGCGCUCUCUGGCCCUUGGGGCGGUGCUGCCUUGCAGGAACUCGGCUCGCUCGGAGAGCCAGGCAAAGGGGGAGCCCAGGGCUCAUCUACCGCUCCCGAACAUCAGCUGCAGCCCCCUCGGAAGGAUCUCAUUCAGCAGGCACUGACUUUGCCGAGACACACACCAUCACUCUUCUGGAUUUGCCCAUCCUGCCCUGACACGGUCCAUGCAUCCUCUGGAGAGGAGGGUUCUCUCAACACCCUCUCCCUGGAGACACCUCAGCUCUGCCCUGCAUCUGACUGCUGUCUCUGGUGCUCCAGGAACAACCAGCUUUUGAGAGAGUACUUGACUUGCUGCCUCUGAGACGCCCAUCAGUUCUGUCUUCAGAGGGAGAUACAUGGCCCAAGAUACUCUCUCAGGACUAACAGAUCUGUGUCGGUGGGAGACCGAUGCUCUGUGUGGCCUUCUGGAAUAUCUCCUGACUUCCCACACAUGCAAGACAUCUCGCUUUGGCACCAGGAGCUUGCUGCUGGAGAUUGCUGCUCCUUCCCGCCCUCCUGAUCCCUAAAGCCUGAACUCUUCUCCAUUCCUCCAUCACCGUGGUCUGAGGAGGAUCCCUGUGUGCAAGCUGCUGCUGAGGGAAACCGAGAGCUGGAUCCAAAUGCAUCCUCAGCCUUCUGUCUUAGAGCUGUUUCUGCUUAAGGUCAAUGAGAACACCUCCUGCUAAUUCAUCAUGACAUAAUAUCUGGUGUCCUGCUCCAUCCACAGGAUAAGUUUAUUGCUUCCUCUUGGUCUACACAGAUGUGACUCCAGGUGUUCAGCUGCCUUGUCUGGUACAGCGGCCUGGGAUGCCAUCAGGAGCUCGAAUGCCCCAUCAAGGGGCUCCCAUGGGUCCUCCAGGCCCCCAGUACGUUGGAAGCCCCUCUGUGCGACCUGGGAUGCCCCAGACUGUGAUGGAAACAACGAGAAAACGCGCUGCACCACAGCAGGUCCAGCAGCAGCAGGUGCAGCAGCAAGUGCAACAGCAGCAGCAAGCUACUCAGAACCGAGCUAGGAGUGCCAAGAGGAGGAAGAUGGCUGACAAAAUUCUCCCUCAGAGGAUCCGGGAGCUGGUUCCUGAGUCCCAGGCCUACAUGGAUCUCUUGGCCUUCGAGCGCAAACUGGACCAGACCAUUAUGCGGAAGCGUGUGGACAUUCAGGAAGCACUGAAGAGGCCAAUGAAGCAAAAGCGGAAACUGAGACUCUACAUCUCCAACACAUUUAAUCCUGCAAAAUCAGAUGGUGAUGACUCCGAUGGCAGCAUUGCUUCGUGGGAGCUGCGUGUGGAGGGAAAGCUCCUGGAUGAUCUCAGCAAACAGAAACGGAAGUUUUCAUCUUUUUUUAAGAGUUUGGUGAUUGAACUGGACAAAGAUCUUUAUGGACCUGACAAUCAUCUUGUGGAGUGGCACAGAACUCCUACGACCCAGGAAACAGAUGGCUUCCAGGUGAAGAGACCUGGGGAUGUCAGCGUGCGAUGCACGUUACUCCUCAUGUUGGACUACCAGCCUCCUCAGUUCAAGCUGGACCCGCGGCUGGCCCGUCUGCUGGGGAUCCACACGCAGACACGCUCGGCCAUCAUCCAGGCUCUCUGGCAGUACAUCAAAACCAACAAGCUGCAGGACUCCCACGAUAAGGAAUACAUUAACUGCGACAAGUACUUCCAGCAGAUCUUUGACUGUCCACGGCUAAAGUUUUCUGAAAUUCCUCAGAGACUCACUAACCUACUGCUGCCACCAGACCCGAUAGUGAUAAACCACAUCAUCAGUGUUGACCCCAACGAUCAGAAGAAGACGGCCUGUUACGACAUAGAUGUAGAAGUUGAAGACCCAUUAAAGGGCCAGAUGAGUAGUUUUCUUCUCUCAACAGCUAACCAACAGGAGAUAACAGCAUUGGAUAACAAGAUUCAUGAGACAAUUGAGUCCAUAAAUCAACUAAAAAUACAACGUGAUUUUAUGCUGAGUUUCUCCAAGGAUCCCAAAGGAUACAUCCAAGACCUUCUCCGGUCCCAAAGUAGGGAUCUUAAGGUGAUGACUGAUGUGGUUGGAAACCCAGAGGAAGAACGCAGAGCCGAAUUUUAUCACGAGCCAUGGUCUCAAGAAGCUGUGAGCAGAUAUUUCUACUGCAAGAUCCAGCAGCGCCGACAGGAAUUGGAACAAUCUCUGGGAGUGCGCAACACAUAAGUACUGCUCACAAGAUUCCAUUGGCAUCAUGACCACCAAACCAACCAGUGGACUUGUCAGUGUUACUCAGCUCACUCUUACACAUGGACCUGCUUCCUGACUGGAUGAGAACAUGCUGUCAACACACCAGCCAGAACACCAGCUUUAGAGUGACCCUUGAAAAUCUUGCCCAGGACGGAUGUCUCAAACCAUUCCAUGCCAGAGAUAGCACCAUACAAGUGUCAGUGUGAAAGAUGACUAAAGGUUCACUCAUCAAUGCACAUUGUGAAGUUUUAGUGGGAAGUUAGACACUACACGGCAAAUCCUAUUGGGCUGUGCUUAGAUCGUGGGUGGCACUGAGGGGGAGGUUGAGAUGGGUGUUCUAGGAGACUGCAGAUGUAGAGAAAUAAAUAUAGUUCUUACCCUACUUCAAACAGUAGCUUAUCUGGAAUUAGACAAGAUAGUCUUUCUUACAGUUGUGGAAUGCUUUAUAUUCCUGAAGAGAGUUUUUAUUUAAGCUAGACCAAUGCAAGAAGCUAUCUCACCAUCUGAAAGAGCAAACUAGGAGCAUUCGCAUCCUGGAAUGCAGAGCCCGUCUGGAAGGAAAACAUUUAGUCAGGCCAUCUCUUCUGCAUCUCUUCUCUUUCCCUUGUCCCAGCAGUGAAAGGUGGAUUGAAUCACAUAUCACUAGAGGGGUGUGAUCCAUACACUGCUCUGAGAGAAAGCGAAUCAUCCCUGGGAUAUGAGUUUCUUAUGCAUCCUUAAUAUCCAUGGUAUUAGCAACAAAUGAGAUAUUCUGAGAAAACUAAAAUAAUGUAAUGGUGCUUUGCUGAUGCCUGCCUUUAACACAGCAGAUUAUUAACAAUAAGUAUAUAUGUAAAAUAACAGAUUGUUUAAAUGUUUCUCUGUGUGCCUGUAGGGUUCAUCACUGAAAAGAACUUCAUAAUUCUUGGAGUAGAAUCCAAGAAGCUUAACUUCAUGUCACGUAGUUUUUCCUUUACUUCAGGAUGUUAACAGAGUCCCUGGAUUGGUCUCAUAUUUUGAUCAUAUGUGAACUGCCUCUUACUAUGAAUUUUUUAGCUCUCCCAUACAUGAUACAUGCUGGUUAUUUUGGAUGCUGUUGCGUUAUAAAGCACUAUCAGCCUUAAAUAGCACAGAGAACAUAUUCCUUGGAAAUCGUCUUCUUUGUAAAUGUACAACAAAUUCAGACAAUGGGAAUUUAUAGAACAAUUACAUGGAAACAGCGACGUCUUCCUUGCAUCCUUCCCCUCCUCAUUUUUUGAAGUGCACAGAUGAGUUGUAAUUAAAAGCCCAACAUGAUUUCUAGUCCAAAAACCUAGUGCCAAAGUAUAACUCUGUCCAUUUGAUGUGGCACUCAAAAUCCUCUUCUGGUUACUCCUUUUCACCUUCUUUCUUUCACUUCCUUGGAAAGAGAAUCAAAUUCACAUGUGGUAUGGAAGGAAGACAGCUCUUCUGAAUAAAUUAAUUUUUUCUCUAGUGUUGUGUUUUCUACUGUCUUUACCAAUUUUUCUCAUAGUUUAACUAAAAAGUUUCUUCUGUUCAGUCACAGAAGAGAUAGUCUUCUCUUUACCACUUUAUUUAAUAUCUUUGUUUUCACAUUAAUAGUGCCAUAGCUUUUAAUGCAUCUGUUGUGUUCAGAGAUGUCUUGGAAAAUUUACUUUUGUUUGAAUUUAUGUGAUGGCAGUACUCUCACUCUCUGUUGGUGUGAGAAAAAGUAUGGCAGUACCUUGUUGUCUGAGGCCUUUUGCUGGGAAUGGCUUUUUGAAAUUUUUCCCUUUUGUGUUAAAGCCUCUUUUCACAGUAAAAUGUGAAAUCCUGCAGUCUUGAACUGGUUAUACUGGGCUGUGAGGCUGCCGCAGUGAUUGACUUGAAAUGUUACUUAAUUUAGGACUCUGCUAAUCGGACUAGAAGCAAGCUUACAAGGGAAAAACAGUGGGGGUCACUGCUGCUGUGCUUCCAUAUUUGUUAUGCUGCUGUGUCCAUUGUGUGCAUGCUGCUCAGUGUAUAAAACUCUUGUUUGUAUGUGGCAAACAGAGCAGCUACACUCAGGGGCUGUGUUCAGUCUGCAGGAAUAAGAAAAGCAGAGACAGAUACGCAGGGAUAUGAGAAGGGCUCGGGACUGAGACGGAUGCCUGCAGAAUGUUUGCCAGGCAAUUCUGGCAUUUGAGAGCCUUCCUGCUGAAGUGGUAGAUAUUUGAGAUCAAUACCACUGUUUUUGCCACAGCUGAAAACAAGCUAGAGUCCAGCCUGGUUUAGAGCCUCUGUAGAAUUAAUUGGAUGGAUCUGGUUCCAAGUCGCUUUCAGAGCAAAUUAGUGAAACUAAUGUCGUGUUGGUGCCACAACUGCAUCGCUGAAAGCUGAAGGUCUGUCAAGCAGCAGGAUUGUACUGAAAUCGGUGUGUGCAUGAAUCAGCCACUGGAGAUGGCACUGGAGACAGCAGUCCAGAAUGUAAAUUCUUAUAUCCCACUGUCUAUAAAAAAAGACUGAUCACUACCAGUGAGUCUUAUGAAUAGCUGUUAGGUGUCUUUCCUUUGGUUAAACUGGGAUUUGAGAUUUUGAUGCCUUUUUCCAGUGUUCAGGAGCAGUUUGGGUCUUUUACUCACAACAGAAAAAAAUUCUGUCCUUCGUUCCAUAGGUGCAGCUAUGAGCUUGCUUGUUUAAAAAACAAACAAAUUUGAAGAGAAAUAAUGGAGCAAUACUGGAAGCAACUAGACCAAGUGUUGCUUGAGCAUUGAAAAUGAAAGGUAGUGGCUCUGAACAGGCAGGUAAUUACGGCAAACUGUGAAUGAGAAAUUUAUUUUAAGUUCAGGAUGGUUGUCUUUUUGUGUGUAUAAAAGAUAACAAGAAGAUGUUCCAGGGUCUUCUUUUGUCACAGUAAAAUAGAAAUCUAUGCAUACUGCAAAAAAACAUUCUGUGCAUAGAAGUAGUUCAUGUGUAGAUGAUAAUACAGAUUGUUGGAAAAUAUAGCAUCAAACUAGGAAAGGGUUCAACAGAAUUCUGGAGUACCAGUAGGAGUGAAAUGUAUCUUGGAGCUGAAGUGUUGAUGUGGCAGGUUAGAAACAGGUUUUUUUUAGUCUUCUGGGUUGUUGGCCAUGAGGCAGGAAUCAGAUCAAAAGUUUCUUAGAGAUUGAAGGGGAAGCAAAUGUUCAGUUGUGGAAUAAAGAGAAUAAAACAGUGGGAAAGGAAAUGUAAAAGUGGAGCAGAGUGCCACUGAAGCACCAGUAAGACACAGCAUGAGGUAACGUGCAGAGUAGUCUUGGAAACAGCAGAGCCCAGGUGAGUGUGUGCAGACACCGAGGGCACGUGGGAGAAGAGAGAGCCUCAGUCGAGGUGUAGCCUGGGAAGUGGGGGCCAAGGACAGAAACAAAAGUUUUGCAAAUAACUCUGAGACACUGUCAAAGCAUUUUAAUUGUUGAUUCAGCUGUUCAGCAUAGCAGGGCUGGUAGCUGACAUCAUCUCGGCUGGCAGGUUUUUAACACCACAUUGUUUAGAACUUAUCCUGUGGAAGCCAAGUGAAAAUAUUAGUGUAUAAAUCGAUAUUGGUGCGUAUCCUAGGGCUCCUAAUUUUGCCAAAAUGCUAAUCAGGUAUUAGCUAAUCAUGGUUGUUGGCCUGGUUUUGUGUGGAGAGCUCUUCUAUGGCAAUGCAAAAAGAUAAAGAGGGAAAGAAGACUCUUUUUUCCUAAAGAAAGCCGUCUCCUUUCUGUAACUGCUCUGUUAUUAAAUAGGAUAUAUCUGUUCAGUCAGAUCCUGUAUUACAAUCAUCUUUUCCAAACUCACUGAAGAGAGCAACUCCGUUUAAAAAAUACAACUGUGGGUUUGUGAGAGUGAGCAAAUACGUGUAGAAAGAAUAGGGGGAAGGGAGAGACUCCCUCUACUCUGUAGCCACCACAUCCAUUGUAUGAUGCCCAGUGAUGGAGUGAUUCGUAGAAGAGCCUUUGACAAUAAAUACUUUGUUUCUUUGUA